AAACUCCUUGGUGAUUGGUUAGUUUUUUUUUGUAUGUUAGAAAAACAAAAUAAAUAUGUGAAAGUUACUGUUUUCGAACUGUAUUGUGUUUCCGGCAGUAAUGGAAGUUUCUGAUAAGGUAGUGACGGCGUGUCGCGUGACACCGCGUGUUACCCGGGAUCAACCAGAUGGGAACACGGACAAAUUACAUAGAUCGGUUGUGUGCAGACAAACAUAAAGAAUUAUAUUUGUUAUACAAUAAAAUGCGCGAGUGACUGUGCUCUUUAAUAUUAUGAAGAAAUAUUGUAGUAAAAGAAAAUACAAUUCAAAAUUAACCUUAAUAUCAAAGUGUUGAAGUUUAAAAUUGCUUGUGUGAAACGUGAAUAAUGAAAUUGAGUGUGAGUGCGUAUCGCGCGCAUGCGUCUGCGCACAAGAAGAUUCUGACGUCAUCGUAUCAGCAACACUAUGGGAGUACCGCGGCGCCGCCCAUUUGCAGCCCUUUGCAACCGCCCAACUUCACGCCACAGGCAGAAGAAGGCACAAACCGUACAUCCGAAGGUGAGGACAAUGAUGGGAGUGAGGUUAACGCUGGAUCCUCUCGAGUACUCUCGGCGGCCACCUCCAGGGAAGAAGACGAUGACUCCAGUAAUAAUGCCAGCAGUGAAAGCAAGAGCCCUGGGCAGAGGCGACCGAUCAUUGCAUCGAGUUCGUCAAGCUCUCGCAAGUCCAUGCAGGACACUGAGAGGGCGGGGUCAGACACAGACAAACGCGGCCAUAAAUGGAGACACGUCCAAGCUGUCAUGGCAUACUACCAGGCACUCAGGAAAAUAAAGAGAACAAAAUCGAAUCAAAGAUGGAUGAAGCUGCGGACGACCGUGCAGCUCAGCUCUGCGAUACAGAAGAAACCGCCGCUCAAGAGAGAAGAUUCCUUCUUGAAGAGAUUUUCCACUAGACAAACACCGUUAACGCAAGAAACUGUAGAAGACACCGGAUCAGAGGGCGCGGCAGGCGAGCACAGAUCAACGAACCGACAGAGGCGGCGCAAGAUUCGAGCGCCGCGCACAGUUGUCAACCCGGACGAGAACUUCUUCUUCUAUUGGCUGUGGCUCAUCACCGUCUUCGUGCUGUAUAAUCUUUGGACCCUCAUCGUUAGGCAAAGCUUUCCUGAGUUACAAAUAAUGUGCCAUUUCUUCUGGCUGACGGUGGACGGUAUAAGCGAUGUGGUCUUCGCUCUGGACCUCGUUGUGCAGCUAAGAACUGGCUACCUGGAGCAAGGACUGAUGGUAUACGACUCGAAGAAACUAGCGAAACAUUACUUGAAGUCGCGCAACUUCCUCCUCGACAUAGUGUCACUAGCGCCCCUAGAUUUACUGCAGCUCCACAUCGGAACCAACCCCAUCAUUCGCUUCCCUAGGUUCUGUAAGGUGUACAGAGCAGUGGACUUCUACUACAUAGUGGAGUCCAGGACGGUGUACCCGAACUUCUGGCGGGUCAUCAACCUCAUCCAUAUCUUGCUGAUCCUGGCGCACUGGUUCGGCUGCUUCUACUUCUUGUUGUCAGAAGCUGAGGGGUUCCAGGGCGACUGGGUAUACCCCCACCGGCCGGGAGACUACGCCACUCUCACGAGAAAGUACCUCGGCUCCUUAUACUGGUCUACCCUCACUCUGACCACCAUAGGAGAUCUGCCGACUCCUGAAACCAACGCCGACACGCAAGGAGGCCCCAAAUUUCUGCCGCGCCGCGGGCUCAAAUCCCGCCUGCUGCAGUUCAGGUCCAAUAAAGGGUACGUUUUCACAAUAGUGAGCUAUCUGAUUGGCGUGUUCAUAUUCGCCACUAUAGUGGGACAAGUCGGCAAUGUCAUCACCAAUAGGAACGCCAACAGGCUCGAGUUUGAGAGAUUGCUGGAUGGCGCUAAAACUUAUAUGAGACACCAUAAGGUGCCAGGUGGCAUGAAGCGACGCGUGCUGCGCUGGUACGAUUACUCCUGGUCCAGGGGUCGGAUACAGGGGGGAGGGGACAUCAACACCGCACUGGGACUGUUACCCGAUAAGCUGAAGACCGAACUCGCUUUGCACGUCAAUCUCAGCGUGCUCAAGAAGGUGACAAUAUUCCAAGAGUGCCAGCCGGAAUUCCUGCACGACCUCGUGUUGAAAAUGAAAGCAUACAUAUUCACUCCCGGUGAUUCCAUUUGUAGAAAAGGUGAAGUCGCCCGUGAAAUGUUCAUAAUAGCCGACGGUAUACUUGAAGUGAUAUCGGAACAAGGACGGGUGCUAACUACCAUGAAAGCAGGGGACUUCUUUGGAGAAAUCGGGAUUUUAAACCUCGAUGGACUGAACAAACGCACAGCAGACGUAAGAUCGGUUGGGUACUCCGAACUCUUCUCGCUGUCUCGGGAAGAUGUUUUGGCAGCAAUGAAGGACUACCCCGAGGCCCAGGAAAUUUUGCAGACUUUAGGAAGGAAGCGUCUGCAAGAAGCUAAAAAUAUGUCGAAGAAAUGCAAAGGAAGGAAGCCCCGUCAAGAAGCUAAAACAGUAUCGAAGAAAGUCAAAGGCGAGAUCAGUCCGGAUAAGAUGUCUGGGGACGACAGUACGUCGAAACGGAUAGUGCAUAAGUUACGAAGUGAUGUUAAGGGUAUACGGAACGCUAUUCGCAGUAGAUCUCGAGCAGGGCGUAGGUCUGGAGAAUCAUUAGAGCUACAGACUUUGGCUGGAGCUGAAAGAGCUGGCACUACAGAAGGAAAGAUGUUGAGAAGAAUGCCGAGAGUAGAAAGCGAUGAUUCUGCACAUCCACAGAAUCAAGAAGAUAAUAAUGGCGAAACAACUUCUGGUAGCAAAGAUGGUGAGAAAUGCAUAUCGCCUAUCGGAGCUGGUCUACCACUUCUUUCGCGAUUAAAACUACUUAAAGAAAAACAGGAUCGUGAAGAAAAAGUAGCCAAGCAAAGGCAUUCCACAUCAUCGGUACUCUCGCUAACACCACAACCCACUCCUUCAACAAGUUCAGCUCCAGAUAUAGAACCAGAGGUGAUAGGAGCUGGUCUGCCGCUUAUUCAGAGGUUACUCUUACUAAAAGCAAAGGAAGAGAGAGAUAAAAACCAGCUUACUCCGACUAUGAGCAAUCAACCUUCCAGCUCUGAUACUAUAAGCCCUAGUUCAAUUAAAAGUCCUUUAAGUCCAACGAUAAAAACUCUUAGCCCAAUUAGGAAAGGUUCCGAGUCUAGCUCCCCAGGUAAACUCCAAAGCCCAACAACUAAAACAUCUAGGAAAAAUUCAUCUGGGUCAAGUGACGGUACGUCUCGCCCCAAAGUUAGUUUUAGAGAUAAAAUAUUACAAGUGCAGAGUGACGGCACAGCAGUAUGUCAACCACUCAAUAAGGAUAUAAGUGAGAAACCAGCGGCGGUCGUCGAGCCCACACCAAAGUCAGAAAGCAACUUAAUUUCAAUACCACAUUCCGUUGUUAGCAAAAUCAAGUCUCCAGCGAAAGCCGUAGGCUCAACAUUUCGAGAUAAACUAAAACUAUUACAAAGUGGACCAAAAGAUACUGAUAGUUCAGCCGCAGAAAAACCAAAAUCUUCAUCAAUAGACAAAACUCCAGCAGAAGUUAGUCCUAUGCCGCCGCCUGCCACGGAAAUUAAGGAAGAACCUAAAAGUAAAAAACCUUGGACUAAACUUAAAAAGGCAGCUAUAUUAGGGGAAUCGAAAAGCCAAAGCAAAACUAGUUUAGAAGAAAAAAGAGAUGAAAGUGUGAGUUCGAAUAGUGAGAAAAAAGAAGAAGGUAUAGCAGAGGCAGUUGUAAAUAUAUGUGUGCCUAUAGUUACCACGGCGGAGCUUGUUAAAAUAGACAAUAAUAAUGUUGAAGUUGCUAGUGAUAAUGAUAAAGAUAAACCUAAGCUUUGCUUAACAGGCCCUUUGGAACCCGUCCAAGAGAAAUCAGUAGAUUUAUUAACUUUAUCUCCAAAGAAGAAUGUUACUAACGCCUCAAAGCCGGCGGAAACUAAAACUAAUAUGUCACCGGGAAUGUUAUUGCCCAGAGUAAAAAAAUAUAGGUCAAUUGAUGAUUUGUCACCAGAAUACGGUGGGCUCCCGUUUGUCAAAAAGCUAAAGAUUCUGAAUGAAAGGCAAAAAUUAGCAGAAUUAGAAAAAGUUGUAAAAAUACGCAGUUCAAGCUUAGAUUGUACGAGCUCGUCAGAAGAUUUACUAUGUGAUACUUUAACUAGAAGUCAUUCAGAAGGUAGCACUAUGGAUAAAAGAAAAUUCAAACGGAAAUCCAUUGAUUCUUGUAGAAGUCACGAAUCUAACGAAACACUAGAAAGAAGGGAACUAAAAUCUAUAUUAAAGAAACUGUCAGAGGACGUCACUCCCGCUGAAAGUCCUGAACGCAGUAAUGAAUUAAAAAGGUUAAUUCGAGCACCAACAUUAGAAGGAUAUGCGGCAAGACAUUCAAAAUUUGCCAAAAGUGUUACCUUCCAUCGCCACACAUUACCCUCUCCUCCAGGAAGUGCACCAGCUGAUAUCCAAAAUGACGAUGUAUUCACGAUGCCAGAAGUUAGCGUUGAUUUGAUACCACAAAUAUCUCCCCCAUUGCCUCCUGACGUUGAAGUAACAGCGCCGGAAUGCCCAAAUAACCAAAUUGCAAGAUCAGCAGAGGAAAACGUAACUCAGGACUAUGGAUUAAAUAUAAGAGCUGAAUAUGAACUGCAGCAAAAUAUUGAUCCCAUGCUAGAUUUAAAAUCAUUAAGACCUGAAGAAAUAAAAGUGCCUUCAGACAAACCUAAGCUGACGUUAAUAUCAGCGGUGGCCAACCAAAGAAAAUUAUUGCGAGGUUUGUAUUCAUUGACAGGCUCAUUAGAAGAACAGGAAUAUUUUGGAGAAGUGCUAUUAGGAAUCAAGCAAGUUAUUCAAGGACAUCUACACGAUGUGCAAGGAAAAUUUCAAGAAAGGUUCAAUAGUUUAGAAAACGAAGUUCGAAAACGGGACGAAAUAAUUAGUCAACUACAAAAGCGUAUUCAAGAGUUGGAAAAACUAGGGCUGGCUGGUAUGAGCCCCACUUCACAACAACCUGGUGAGGAGCCUACUGUAACGAUGGGGUCAAUAGAAACAACAUCAUCUAGUCAACCUGUUUCCAAGAGUGGCAGCUCAGGAAGUGAAGAUGCUUCGGCUGCCGAAGAAGGAUUUAUGAGAGGCGACUCGCUUGAUACAGUGUUCGCAACAUCCCCACCAACAGCCAGUGCUGAUGAAGCAGAAAAAGACAGAUCACCAGAAAGAGAAAAUGCAGAAGCAAGAGAAACAUUAUCAGCUGAAGACCUCACGGAAGAAAAUCUAAGAGAAUUGACUGAAGGAAUUGAACUGUCGAAGUUAUCUUACGCAGAAUUGCAAAGCUUAGCCGUAUCUCUUUCAAAAGCUGAUAAAACUUCAUCUAGUAAAGAACAGUGGACUGUGAGCAAAUCGAAAAGGUUAGAUCUGAACCUAGAUGGGAAAGCUGGGACGUAUUCGAGAAAACGAGCGGCUAAGUUAAGGCAGAGGAAAUCUUGGGAAGAUCAGAGUGACCAAGAAAGCAUGGAGAUGCAAGAUUUAACAAGCGCUCCCUCUUUCAGGCCGUUGUCUCCGCACACCACGUCGGAAGACCGCUCACUCCUGAGCCCCGAGCAGUCCAGUCUUCGCUCCGGUCGACGAACCUUUCACUUCUUCGGCUCACACCUCGACAACACCAAGUCGAAGAUUAAGAAGACCCUUUCCGUGGAUACCGGGAUGCAUCACACUGGCAAAAAUGAAAGGAGCAUUUGUUUUCCAGAAGGUCGUCCGCGGCAGCACCGCAAGUUCAGUUUGGGCUCGCUCUUCCAUCGGACGGCGACUCACAAACCUACCAACAACUGCAAUGAUGUCGUUCUUGAUAUGGGCAGUGAUUGCAGCUGGAGUGACGCGGCUUCAACAUCAUCUAGCAGCGAUUCAGAGUCAUUACCUCGGACGCCUAUGUUUGAAGAGUUUGUGGAGAACAACUCCCGGAGAGGGCGCGCCAGCAGCUCUAGUCACGGUAGCUCGUCACCAAUUAGAGCAUUACCUGGUAGCGGAGGUGAUUGGGAGGUCAUGAUGUUAGCAGAUGAGCUCGAAAAAAGGGAAAGAGAAAAGGAGAGAGAAGACGCCAGGCGACACCUAUACCCAACCACCCUUCGAGAUUUAGAAGAGGAGUCAGACACCCCCCAGCGAGAUGACAGUCCAGACGAGUACUCGAACAUCGAAGACUCGAACUCGUCAUCGACCACCCACCUUCUCUCCCAGUCUAUCAGUGAUGCUUCACAGAGGUCUUUGGAAACCUCCUUCACUGAGCAGACCAGCAGAACUGGUAGGGAGCCGAGGCAAAGGCGUGUUGCAUCUGUGGGAGAACCGGUGCGACCAGAAUCAUCCCUCCGUCAGUCGCGCGGGCUGAUCCUGCGCGCGGCGAGCUUGGACCGCGACAGCGCGCCCACCACCUCACAGGCGCGCCGCUUCGGCUCCCUCAAGAGCGCCAGCACCGACUCGCACAAGAGACUCUGAUCCGCUUGGCCGAGCGGACGCGCUCAGUCCCACGCCUUCCCAAGAGGUCCAAAUCAAACAUAUGUGAUACGCGAUACGGCUCAAAGUUCUCAGGUAAAUGCAAAGCAGGACGUUGUAAGAAAAACUCAUGAACCAAAGGGUAAAGAUCGAGAUAGGGGUAAAUGUGAUCAAAAUGCGGGUAAAGUUAAUAGUGGAGAUAAACGUGAAAAUGAUAGUGUAGGUAAUAAUGAUGUAGGACAAGGAGCGCAAGCGGGGAAUGGAGGCCAAAAUGAUAGAGAGAUUAGUCAUAAAGAUAAUAACGAACGAGAGAAUGUGAAUCCGAACAUAUUCGAUCAGCUGUCAGUCAGCGGUCAGUUACUGAUCGUCAUUAUUUUGUUUGAUGAUGAUUUUGGCUAUGUAAUUUUCUUAGUACUACAAUAAGUGAUAUGUGAUGUGUUAUGAAUGGGAAAUAAUGUGCGACUGUUUUUCUGUUUGGCGCUGGAUAAUUUUGGGGAUAUUUUUUUGAAUUCGGACCAUUUCAAAAAUGGUAUUACAGCUCGUUAAAAAUAUGCCACUCCAGUGUCGUUAAAUCGUAUAAUCGAAAGGACACUUCUUAAACAUCCCUAAAUUAUUAAGUGCCACACAAGGAGUAUCUAUACUGUUUCUAUUUCAUCUACUCUUGUCGUAGUUCUAUCUAUCUAGAAGUCUAUUGUAGAUACUUUAGACCUUAGCACAUAGAUAAUAGAGUCUAAUAUCUGUUAAGUUAUAAAUAUCUGUUCAUAUUCUAGUCUUGUUGUUUUAUGGUGCACAAAUAAAAUCAACAAUUGAUAUUAUAUUUGAAUAACGUUUUAAAAAACGUAUUAUUGUUCCUUCUAAUUAUCUUAAUUUUAGCUUAAAAAGUUCUCUUGGCGAACUUUCCGGCAAAACUUUGAAUAAUCUAGUCGUUAUUUUAC